ACACCUCGUUUCUGAUUGGUUGAAACAAAUUUGCCGCAACCUUUAAAUGUCAUGGCGAAUCUAUGUUUUUCGCCUUAGAUGUCAAUUUUGACAUUUGAGGGGACCACAAAAGUUGCUUUGUUGUAGCAAUUCGCCGAUGCGGUUACCUGUUAGAUCUACCUUGCCCCGAGGAAUAUUUUGUAAUUUUGUUUUAAGUUAUUGCGAAAAUAAAUAUGAUAAAGCUACGGUUUGACGGCCUAUUAAUAGUGCAAAUAAUAGGCUUAGCUCUGCUCGCCCAAAACAUUACAUCACAUGAAGCCAAGGAUUUCGAUGAUACCAUUUUAUAUAAAAUUGAUUUCGACAUUCCCGAUUUCGAUCAAAAUCCAGAACUUAAGAAUCAAAUACGCACAUUCUACACUCACGAAAAGGAGGAGUAUCAUUGUGUCAUACCCUCUGUGACAGAGGCCAAAGAAGAAACCAAAUCCGAUGAGCCGGAGCUAUCUCCCUUUGCAUUGCUGAAAAGCAUUUUCAAUACCCCCAGCUGUUCAUAUCGCAUUGAGGCCUAUUGGUCUUACGAGAUUUGCCAUGGCCUUCAUGUGCGCCAGUAUCACGAAGAACGUGAGGGUAAGGCUGUUAAAUUCCAAGAAUACUAUUUGGGCAAAUGGAAUGACGAUAAGUCGGAACAAUUACAAAAGGAAUGGGAGGAGAGUCGCAAGGCUGGCAUGAAAUAUAAGACCACCAAAAUCGACAACAUCAAAUAUCCCUACUUUGAAAUGGAAUUCACUGAUGGUACCAAAUGUGACAUUAUCAAUGCACCGCGUACAACAAUUGUGCGAUACGUUUGUUAUCCUCAUGGCAAGAAUGAAAUUUACUCAUUCAAAGAAACCUCAUCUUGUAAUUAUGAGGCAAUUAUCCUUACCUCAGCAUUGUGUGUCAUACCCGCAUUUCAUCCGGAAGAAUAUAAGGAGACGUCGAUUAAAUGUUACAAUUCUCCCGAUGAUGCGCAUAAGCCAUUAAGUAUGUUGCGCCAGGAGUUGAAUGAAAUGCAAUUGUCAUUGGAUGAGUUUCCAGUUUCGAAGGAGGACAGUGAUACAUCAAGUGAAGGACGUUUUGCUUAUUUCAAUCGCAUCGGAGAAGACGUGGAUAAAAUUGUACUGAGCAUUACCAAAGAUGGUAGUCUUACUGCCCAUACAGCUGACACCAGUGCAGAGGAGACGAGUGCCCUGAAAACUCCUCCCACAACUCCGGCUUUACAGGAUCUCACGCCGUUGCUCGAAUUUGUAAAGGGUAAAAAAUGUCUAACAGGGGGAACCGGCUGGUGGAAAUAUGAGUUCUGUUAUGGCAACUAUGUUCGUCAAUUCCACAAAGACAAAAAAUCGGAAACUGAGCUAUUUCUGGGACAUUUCAGUGCCACUGCCCAUCGUCAAUGGUUGCAGGCUAAUCCCGACAAAAGACCUCAGGCUCAAUCCUCUUCCAUAUGGCAUCAUUAUGAGAAAGGUUCUCGCUGUGACAAAACUGGUUUACCUCGUGAAGUUGAUGUCAAACUCACGUGCAGUGGUGGUGGUGGCGCCGGUGGCAUGGGCUCUCUUAAUCCCAGUGCUGUUUCCAUGUAUUUAUUGGAACCAAAAACAUGUCAAUAUAUUUUGGUUUUCGAGGCACCAAUUGUAUGUGCCCUAACGGGCUAUACCGAUGAAUAUGGUCUGAUAGAUGAAGAGAAAUUGACAAAGCUGAUACAAGAGAAAGAAAGCAGCAGUUCAUCUAAGUCAAAUGCAGAACAAAUGGAAUCUUCUAAUACAGCUGGCAAGGAUGGUGCCCCCAUUAUUAGGUUUUAGUUCAUUGUUUUAUUGUGAUUUUUUCUUAAUAUUAGUUGAGGGGUUUUUCAAAGACUUUAACAAUACACAAUGUGUUUGCAUUAAAUUAAUUUAAAACAAGGAGAUCAAUUUAAAUAAGUUUUUGAAUAACAAAUUAAAUACUAAAUUCAAUCUGAAUUGGUUUCCGGCAA